CCAUAAACCAGUUUCUUCCUUCCACAUCCCUCCCCCUAAAAAAAACCAGCCCAACUUUCUUCCACGACCCAAGUGAAAAUCUUUUAUCAGUUUUUCACUUUUCUAUUGUAGUUGGAGUUGGAAUUGUCCAACCAGCAUUAACCCUCUCUCUCUCUCUCUCUCUCUCUCCAAAGUUUUUAUGUGAUGUCAGACUGUACGUUCGAGUCUUGCACAGUGGAGACGAGCGAUGGAGUGAAGCUCCACACAAAGGUCUUCAAACCAAAAGGGGAGAUCAAGGACGAGCUUGUGGUGGUUCUGGUCCAUCCAUUCUCAAUAUUGGGCGGUUGUCAAGCCCUUCUCAGGGGAAUAGCAAGUGGGUUGGCCGAGAAAGGUCUGAGGGCUGUGACCUUCGACAUGAGAGGCGCUGGGAGGUCCACUGGGAGGGCUUCUCUGACCGGAUUUGGGGAAAUCAGGGAUGUUCUUGCUGUCUGCAAGUGGGUUUCCGAGAAUCUCUCUGUCAACAGGAUUUUGUUGGUGGGUUCUUCCGCAGGUGCGCCAAUCGCAGGCUCAGCAGUUCAUCAAAUAGAACAAGUUGUGGGGUAUGUAAGUCUGGGAUACCCUUUUGGCAUGAUGGCCUCAAUUCUAUUUGGAAGACAUCACAAAGCCAUUCUUCAGUCCCCAAAACCAAAGCUCUUUGUGAUGGGGACUAAGGACGGGUUCACGAGCGUAAAGCAGUUGAACAACAAAAUGAGUUCGGCAGUGGGGCGCGUCGAAACGUACCUGAUAGAAGGGGUGAGUCACUUCCAAAUGGAAGGCCCGGAAUAUGAUGCUCAGAUGGUGAAUCGCAUCCUUCAGUUUGUUGAAUCCUUGUAGGAUUAUCAGCCAUUUUAUAGAACUUGUGCUUGGACAUAUUGCCUUCAAAUUGUCUUCUUAGCCCGUGCUUUGUGUGUACAUGCUAACUAUUUAUGGUGUGUAAUCUGCAGGAAUUUGGAGUCUUGUAUGCUUUCUUCC